GGGUCCAGCGGAGUUAGGGGCGCGGGACUGAGGUCUUUCCGUGGAAGUUGAACCAGGUGCUGGGCGAGAAAAGCGCGGCCAGUGGACCCCAUACGCAAUUUUUCGCCUUGUCUCGGGAGGCGGCCUCCUUGCUUCAGGAAGGAGCCUGUAAAGUGGGGAAAUGGCACCUCGCAAGGGGAAGGAAAAAAAGGAAGAACAGGUCAUCAGCCUCGGACCUCAGGUAGCUGAAGGAGAAAAUGUAUUUGGUGUCUGCCACAUCUUUGCAUCCUUUAAUGACACUUUCGUACAUGUCACGGAUCUUUCUGGCAAGGAAACCAUCUGCCGUGUAACCGGUGGGAUGAAGGUAAAGGCUGACCGAGAUGAGUCUUCUCCAUAUGCUGCCAUGUUGGCUGCCCAGGAUGUAGCCCAGAGGUGCAAGGAGCUGGGCAUCACUGCUCUCCACAUCAAACUCCGGGCCACGGGAGGAAAUAGGACCAAGACGCCUGGCCCAGGGGCCCAGUCAGCGCUCAGAGCCCUUGCCCGCUCGGGAAUGAAGAUCGGACGCAUUGAGGAUGUCACCCCCAUCCCCUCCGACAGCACCCGCAGGAAGGGGGGUCGCCGUGGUCGCCGUCUGUGAACAGGACUCCUCAAGUUUCUGUUUUCUGUUAAUAAAUUGCCUUUAUAUGAGCUAUUUC